AUGCGCUCAACACUUGUGAAGUUUGGCCGUUCGGUGUGGAAAGGCCCAAAUAUAGUCCCAUUACCCAUACGUGAAGCUCUAGCGAAGGGCACGCCAAUAAGAACCAAUGCAAGAGCAGCGACGAUACUACCACAGUUUGUAGGGCUGAAAUUUCAAGUUCAUAAUGGAAAGGAAUACGUGGCUUUUGAAGUUUCUGAGGAUAUGGUAGGCAGCAAACUCGGAGAGUUUGCGCCAACGCGGAAAAGAUUUAGUUACACGCAAACCAAAAAUAAAUGA